AUGCAGACUUCUCGACAGACACGCAACACACCUUUGCCUCGUUUUCCUCCAGAGCUCUGGUUGAGAAUUUUUGAUCUUGCCACUGGUGUAGCUGGACUGCUGGACUACAAUGGAGAGGGGUCUUCAGACCUGCCUCUCUCUAUUGUCAAACAAACCCAGCUAAAGCAACUGAAGAAAUCCCUCGUUGAAAAACGAUCUCUCGUCCAGGUCUGCAAGUCGUGGCAUGAACUAGCCAGUGAAUAUCUAUAUCAAAGCGUCAUCAUCACUCGAGUGCGAACUUUGGAGUCGUUAUGCAGCGCUCUGGAAAAAUCAGAAAAAGAUACAUCUAUAUCUGCAUUGCGUCGCCCUUUAGGAUGGCGCACAAAAAGACUAGAUGUGAUCAUCCAGGAUCAACGGUGUGAAGCUGAGGAUUAUGCAUUGCUUGCCAUCAUUAUGCGACACUUUCCCAACCUCUCCAUCGUGACCCUUUCUAUGCCGAUGUUACCUUUUCACGACUGUUGGCUUCGUAAACUGCCCACUGCUGUAGUCGCCUCCUUGGCAGAGACUUGCGGAUCUUCCCUUCGUGCAUUUGACUGUUCCGAGUCUAUACUUCGUCCAUCCAGAGAUGACUUGAUGUUCUUAUUAGCAUCUGCUCCUAACCUUCGGAGCUUGCGUUGCCCCAUUUGCUCGCCAUCUGCUGGAGAGAAACCCUUGCGGAACCGGAUGGACAUGCCCGUGAUGCCCGAACUCCGUUCCAUAGUCCUUAUGUCUGUGUUCUUGCAUGACUAUCUUCCGAAGAACAAGGAAAUAAAUCGGUUCCCCGCCCUCCGUGAACUCACUUACGACUGCAUCCCCCCGCCGUUCUAUGAUCGAGAUUGGCAAAACUUUAUUCAGCUGAGCUGCAAAAAUGUCACCACAGUAUACAUAGAUUUUUGCCUCCAAGGAGAAUCUCUUCAGAAGGAACUCGAUUUGUUGACAGAAUGUUGUCCCUCGCUCGAGAAGCUCGUCAUCUUCAUUCGUUCUUGGGCAGAGUUGAAAGAAAACCUUGUCUUACCCCCCGUCUCUCGCCUCGGCUUGUACUGUUCAGUACACAAGGGCUCCUCGACUCACUAUCGCGAUCUGUUUUCUGCGCUUGGGACAAUGACCGCUCCCCAAUUGAAAGCUGUUCGCUUGCUUCAUCAUCAAAAUGUCGAGGACCUGCGUAAAAAUCACACGAGUGUGCUGACGGAAGGCAUUGCACGACUCGCGCCACACUCGUUCCACCUCGAGGACGAUGAAGGCAAUUUAAUUUUAUCGUGA